CCCGCCGUGCUUCGCGAGGCCGUGGAGGCCGUGGUGCGGAGCUUCGCCAAGCACACGCAGGGCUACGGCCGGGUGAAUGUGGUAGAGGCACUCCAGGAAUUCUGGCAGAUGAAGCAAUCCCGCGGGGCUGACUUGAAGAAUGGGGCUCUAGUGGUGUAUGAGAUGGUUCCUUCCAACAGUCCCCCCUAUGUCUGCUAUGUCACCCUGCCUGGAGGAAGCUGCUUUGGGAGUUUCCAGUUUUGCCCCACCAAAGCUGAGGCCCGGAGAAGUGCUGCAAAAAUUGCAUUGAUGAACUCUGUGUUUAAUGAGCAUCCUUCCCGAAGAAUCACCGAUGAGUUCAUUGAGAAGAGUGUCUCCGAGGCCCUGGCGUCAUUCAAUGGAAACAGGGAGGAAGCUGACAACCCCAAUACAGGAAUUGGUGCCUUCCGAUUCAUGUUGGAAUCUAACAAGGGCAAGUCAAUGUUGGAAUUUCAGGAGGUGUUGGCUCAUUAUUCACACCGGGCACUGGAUGAUGAUAUUCGCCACCAAAUGGCCUUGGACUGGGUGAGCCGGGAGCAGACUGUGCCCGGGGCACUGUCUAGAGAGCUGGCCUCCACUGAACGCGAGCUGGAUGAGGCCCGGCUCGCGGGCAAGGAACUGCGCUUCCACAAGGAAAAGAAAGAUAUUCUCAUGCUGGCUGCUGGACAGUUGAGCAAUAUGCACCCUUCCAACUGCUAGGCCUCUCUCCUCACAUGGCCUGUCCUCUCUAGCCCUUUUUUCUAUGUCUCUUUCUAAGACUUAGGAUAAUUUCUGUAUAUACUUUCUCAGUUUUGUACUUUUAAAAAUAUAUAUAUGUAUAAAUUCUA